AUGCAUGUAUUAAAAAAGUAAAGUACUUUCAAGAAAAAGAAUUUUCAGGAAAAAGUAAAUUAAGUUAGAAAAAUAGUCUUUGUCCUAUUAGAAGAACCAUCAUCAAGUAGAUUAGCAGGAUUUAUAUAAUUUAUCAUUUGUUUUACUAUAUUGCUAUCUUAAGUUUAAAUACUAUGUGAUUCUCUACUUGAUAAGUAAAUGCAUUAAUUUAGCUAGUAAUUAAACCUAUAAUGAUUUAAGCAAUGAUUGUGAAAUCCUUAUUUUCUUUGUUUUUGUAUUGGAAUACGUAUUUCGAUUGUCAACAUACACUGUUUAUGGGUAUCCACUAAAGAACUUUUUAUUUUAGCAUAUGAAUAUAAUAGGUAUAAUAAUUGUAAAAAUAGAUCUGUUAUCAAUAGCACCUCUAAGUAUUAUUUCAUUAGUUUAUGGUAAAACAGCACUAAAUGGAUUUAGAAUUUUAAAGUUAUUUAAAGUGAUAAGAAUACUAAAAGUAAAGAGAUAUCUAAAAGGAGUAGAUAUUUUGUAUAAAAGUGUUGCAGACAGCAUUUCUUAGUUUUAUUUCUUAAUAAUAGCUUUUUUAUAGAUAACUUUAGCUUACGCUAUAGUAUUAUAUUAUUCAGAGCAUAAUACAGAGAAUGAUUUAGAAAUAUAAAAUGCAGUUUGGCUUGGAAUAGUAACAAUGACAACAGUAGGAUAUGGUGAUUAUGUUCCAAAAUCAAUAAUUGGGAUAAUUGUAACUUGUAUAAUGGCUUUGAUGGCAAAUACAGUAAUAUUUUCACUUCCUGUAGCAAUUCUUAAUAUUGAAUUUUAAGAACUUUAUGGAAGCAAAAAAGAAGAGGAAUAAAUUAGUUUGCUUAAAAAAGGAAUGAGAUCUGGAAGAAGAGAUUCUAUUAAAAAUAAAGAGUUUAGUUUUUUUAAUUAAAGAUUACAAAUUAUUGAAUAAAGAAAUACAGAAAUUUAAUAGUUAUUAAAUAAAAGCAAUAAAAUGGCUAAAGAUCUCACAAAAGAUUUAAAAAGAUUGUUUCUAUCAGUUAAUGAUGAUGCAGAUUAACUUCUUGAUAAUUUAAAUUCUCCAAGAUUAACUAAAUAAAAUGUGUUAUUAGUUAAAGCCAAUCUUUAUGAUAAAUUAAUGAGGGCUAAAAAGAAAAUUUAAAUUACAAACAUUUUUAGAAAUUUUAAAUAUGAUUCUGAUUAAGAAGUAAAUGAGAGUCCAUUAAAUUAAACUGUAACUGGAUAAAUUACUAAAUAAAAAAGUUUUUUUAGAAUGAUGUCUGAUAGAAAAAAAAAUAAAAGAAAAAUAGGAAUUAAAAGUCAUUCUUAAGAAAAUAUAAAUUAGUUAAUUAUACUUAGAAAUGAAGAAUUUGGUGAAUUACCAUUUGAUUUCCUAAAUGAAGUUCUUUUGUAAAUUCAUGAUGAUAUGUUGGAAAAUAUUGAUGAACAUCCUAUAAAUUAACAAAAAUAAUCAAUAAUUUUACCUGAAAGCAGUGAAAUAAUUUUUAGAGAACCAUCAUUUAGAAUUAAUUCAUUAUUGUAUAAAUAUAAUUAUAUAUUUAAGUGGUUUUGACAGUCCUAUGAAUAAAGUUAACUAAACUAAUUAUGGAAGCUCAAAUUUAUAAAAAAGAAAGAUAUCCGAUUUUACAGGUCAUAUUGACAAAAAAACAAUAAUCAACUUAAAAAGCACUUCAAAUCAUCCAUUCUUUACUAAUGAAUGUGGAAUGAGAAGUAUAACAGAAAUAUCAAAGAGUAAAAAGCAAAACUCAUAUACCAAUUAACAAAUCGACGAAAUGAAUUAAAAAACAAAACCUAAGAUGCCUCAUUAAUUUAUUAAUUAUAACAAUAAUCUUAAGGAUAUUGAUAUUGGCAAAAAUAAAGAUGAAUCUCGAAAAAAAAAUUUUAGAGCCUCUAUUGUUGAUUUAUAUUCACCUCAUCAAACAUACUUAAAUAUGCAAGAUUAAUGUUCUUGUAUUUAAUGCUAAAACCUUAAUAUUGAAUAAAAUUAUUGA